AUGUUGACGAGACUAUGGGUCGUCAACGCCCCCCAACUACACGCCUCUACACGGGACUUGCAGACAAUAGAACAACCCGUCCUAGUCAAAUCACCAAAGAGUGUUGUCUCAGUGGGACGUGAGCUGGGUCACUCGGCUUAUAUAUAUCCUUCUACCAUGCUCAAUGAUGUCCUCGUCACGCAGCCUCGAUCCGGCGCUAAAACCGGUUCAGCCAGAUGGGCCGAGGAGCGUACUUCACCGGCGUGUGCACCACACCAGCGCUCAACGGCACGGGCUAGAGAGAAGCGUCUCAACGCCGCUUAUAUUCAUCCUGGCAUGACCGAGGACCAGGUCAACCGGAUGCGCACCCAUGUCCAGGGCAUUGUCACACUCAACGACGAGUUUGAUAUGCAGGACGAAGUACAGUCACUGCUCCUCUCCAACCUCCGGAACCUCCUCGACCGUAUGGAGGAUCGCAACAGCACUGAUGCCGACGACCCGUCUAUGGCCGACAUCGACAUGGACUCUGAACUUGACUUUACUUUCCCCUACAUAGCGCCCGUCGCUUUUCAGUCAGACAAUCCAGACUGCACCCUCGAUAAUACCCAGUGCUUUGUAGAGAGGGUUCAGAAUGGUUGGUACAUACGCCCCUACUCCACUCGCCUCCGGCCUCCGGACCCGACGAACUUGCCCCUUUGGCGCAGGGCGAUCAUCAAGGCUGAGCUCGACUACCCAUUUCAGGGUCGUGCCAAACUGUCUGGAGGCGAUCAGACAGCUCUACCCGUUCAAUCCCGCAAGUUCCUCAACUUUGGUCACUCGUACGGCGGCGAGAUCAUCAGCAUGAAUCGUGUGGAUCACGAGCGAAUACUCUCACCCCUGCUCCAAGGACAAUGCCCCUUCAGCGCCGUCUUCGACGUCGGCGCCGUCCUGAAGACCGUCUUCCUGCGCCGCAACAUGUCCACCCCCCUCGAGCUGCCGGACGGCGUCGUGGACUACCCCGGCAAGGAGCUGAAGGGCGCCAAGUUCCAGACCGUCCAGGUCAAGCUGCGCGGCACGGGCGCCGACAUCGCGUACUCGAGCCUCAAGGACGGCCUGUACAUGCCCGCAACGAGGGCCGAGGGCUCGGUGAAGCCGGACCCGACACUCGACGAGACACAGCCGGCAACCAUCAACGCCGGCGUCUGGCGCAAGCUGGACAUCCUGGCCGUCGACCCCAACAUGCUCAGGCUCCUCAGGCUCGACGAGGAGCUUGGCGAGUUCGGACCCGUCGAGUCCGACUUCAAGUUGCUCGCCGACUACGGAGAAGGCGACGACGACUAUGCGGCUGAAAACCUCUGCACUAACUGUUACCAAACGCACAACAACGCUCCCAACGAGGCCACGACCAACGCGACUCUGGCGGUGCCCGCCGGCCCUUACGAUGGCCCACCGGCUCCUGCUCAAGAAGGCCAGUUUGUUGUUGGCCAUGCUGACGGCAUCCUCGGCAUCAGCGGCAAUAUUGGCGACCCCGAUGCCUCCCUGAGGGUGGCUGCAGAGACGGCCUUGGCAAGCGCUCGGGCCAAGGCUCCCACCACUUGGGCCAUCACUUUGGCCACAAUCAAAUCCACCUGUAUCGCCACCAUGGCGAUCCUUGGUGUCUGUGCCUCUCUCUGGGCGUUUUUCACUCCACGUUCUCGCGGUUGA